CCGACACUCGGCUCGUCGUGCAGAUUCGUAUUUCAACGUCUUUUGCUCUGCAUUUUACUUUCCUCUCGCUGUAGAAUUGCGAGAAGAGUGUUUGUUGACCAUGGCCGACACCCCCCAGACAACAGCUAGCCACGACCCUAAGGAGGCCCGGGUUCUGCGCCAACAUCUGGAUCCCUCGUAUCAUUUCACAGCAGACUUCGAUACAGCAACAUCAACAACAGAUAAUCGUUCAGGAAGUCCUUCGAGUUCAGCACGCAAUGCACCAGAGUCGUCGUUGCUGUUGCAGGGUGGCGACAUUCACCGCGAUCUUUACAAGAUUGCUGCACAGAGCAAGCGGCAGAAACUGCAUCAACGAGCGGCAACUUUCUCGCACACCCAUCACGCUCCUUCGGAAUCCGACUUUGAUCAUGAUGCGCCCUCGUUCGCGCAGCAGCUGGUCCCAGGAGGGUUGAGACGGCAAUUCCUCCAGCGCCAAAGCCAGCGUGUUAGUUACAUCUCGGAGCCAGUCACGAAGAACUUCAUCUCUUUUCUGUCGUUGUAUGGCCAGUUCGCUGGUGAAGAUCUUGACGAAACUGACGAUGAAGCUAUUUUGGAUGAUGAGGAAGAGGAAGAGCAGCAGCAGCAGCAGCAACAGCAACUGGCGGGAGAGCGCCGACCUCUGCUUGGCCGGAGACAGAGCUCAAAGAGGCUUAGGGCCCAGGGCGAUGCUGGGCAAGUAAAGACGUUUUUCACCCUUCUCAAGGCCUUCAUUGGUACUGGAAUCAUGUUCUUGCCCAAAGCGUUUAAGAACGGCGGAAUGCUGUUCUCAUCCAUCACAAUGCUUGUGGUAGCUGUGGUCACGUUACUCUGUUUCGAGUUGCUCCUGUCGUGCAGGAAACGAUAUGGCGGCGGUGGUUACGGAGAACUGGGAGAAGCUAUCAGCGGCCCGAAGUUCCGAGCACUCAUCCUGAUCUCCAUCACCCUCUCGCAACUCGGCUUUGUGUGCGCUGGUCUCAUCUUCACGGCGGACAACUUGGCCUCAUUCCUCGAUGCCGUCACACACACCAAGGAUGCGCCACUCUCCACCCCGGCUCUCAUCGGUAUCCAGCUCAUCGUCUUAAUUCCAAUGUCGUUCAUCCGAAAUAUCUCCAAGCUUGGUCCUGCCGCCCUCCUCGCCGAUGUGUUUAUCCUCAUCGGCAUAACCUACAUCUACGGAUACGACUUUUCCGCCAUCAGCAAGAUGGGUGGCUUCCACCCUACCAUCGAGCUCUUCAAUCCGCGGGACUUCACCAUGACCGUUGGCUCAGCUAUCUUUACAUUCGAAGGCAUCGGACUCAUCCUCCCUAUCCAAUCGAGUAUGAAGCAGCCAGAACACUUUAGCAAGCUGCUCUACAUCGUUAUGCUCAUCAUCACGGUUGUGUUCACCUCCGUGGGUGUUCUCUGCUACGGCACAUUCGGCGAAAACGUCUCUGUCGAAGUCAUCGACAAUUUCCCCCAGUCCAGCAAACUCGUCAACGCCGUACAAUUUCUCUACGCCUUGGCCGUCCUCGUCGGCACACCAGUGCAACUCUUCCCCGCCAUGCGUAACAUUGAGCUCAAACUCUUUGGCCGUGCAUCUGGAAAACAGAGCAACCUCACCAAAUGGAAGAAGAACGCCUUCCGAAGCGCCCUGGUGUUGCUCACCGGUGUCAUUGCGAUACUGGGCGCCAGCAACCUCGACAAGUUUGUUGCGCUGAUUGGAAGCUUUGCUUGCGUACCGCUUGUGUACAUCUACCCGGCGUAUAUGCACUACAAGGGUAUUGCUGAGCGGCCUUGGGCGAAGUUUGGAGACAUUGCGAUGAUGGUGACCGGGCUCGUUGCUAUGGUAUAUACGACCAGCGUCACCUUGUCCAGGUGGUCGGAGACGUAAUGGAAAGAAGGCGAGGAAAGUGUCAGAAGAGGUACGAUGAUGUGAGCUUGUUGUUGGACGUUGUGUUAAAAGUAAUAUUUGCGUUGCAUUGAAAAAGCAUGGUGAGCGAUUAUGGCGUUAUUGGGAGUCGACGUUUGAAUUGUACAAUCGUCGUCCAGUUAGCAUGUACGUAGUUUAUCGCAUUUGUAUAGCAGUUUUUCUUUGACUGUGGAAUCUUGGUGCCUCGUUGACAAGAGCAAAGUAGUCUCGGAGAUUGGAGAAUUAUUAGUCUAGAGUUCCUAAGGGUGGGGAUGACGCCUACUACCUUGCGUCUCCACACUCUCUCCAAGUCGAAUCUCUCUCCACCACGCCUUCUCCAUCAUUUUCCCAAGAAUAGUAGGUGGUUUUGCCGCUGCCCAUCCGGACAGUUCGCAAAUCGGUAGCGUUGCCGAACCCUUCGCCACGACGACCACCAUUGUGUUCAUUCGGC